GCCCGCUCCCGCACGCACACACCCGCCGCGCGGCCAGGCCACCGGCCAGCCUCUCUGCCUCUCUCCCCCCUCUCCUCUCUUUCCCUUUCCUUUAAGAAUACCUUAAAUAUCCGUUAAAACUUUCCGUUAACACUCGGUUUACCGUUUAUCGCCCCCGGCCGCCCCCGACCAGGAGCGGCAGAAGCGACCACCGGACAGGGGACAAACUCCCGGAUUAGCGAGUUUGUGCCGGACGUGCCGUGAUUCUCCGCCCCGCAGCGGGCCGCAACUUUCCUUCAUUUUGUUUCUCCUCUUCAUUCCUUCCACCGGCGGUCACGGCAACCGGACGGUGACGUCAGCCCCAAGAAAAGUCGAGAGGGAGCUGCCGUUACACCGGAGGAACGAAAUUAGCCCGAACCGGGAUCCGGACUCUCCUUGACUCUGUUUACGUGUUUGUUUGGUUUCAUGGGGACUUUAUAACCGGAUCAGCGCGUGGAGGUGAAUCAUCCCGGAGGGUUUGGCGGAGCUGAGCGAUGGCGGGAGCGUCAGUCAAGGUGGCGGUGCGAGUGCGCCCGUUCAACUCAAGAGAGACGGGACGCAACGCCAAGUGUGUGAUCCAGAUGCAGGGAAACACCACCUGUAUCUCAAACCCCAAACAGCCCAAAGAUGGAGCCAAGAACUUCACAUUCGACUAUUCCUACUGGUCACACACAACGGCGGAGGACCCCAGCUUCGCAUGUCAGAAGCAGGUGUAUAAGGACAUCGGAGAGGAGAUGCUGCUGCACUCUUUUGAAGGAUACAAUGUCUGUAUUUUUGCGUACGGACAGACGGGUGCUGGAAAGAGCUACACCAUGAUGGGCAAACAAGAGCCGGGACAGGAAGGCAUCAUACCGCAGCUGUGUGAAGACUUGUUCCAGAGAACAGGAGAAAACACAGAUCCUGACCUGACCUACUCAGUGGAGGUGUCCUACAUGGAGAUCUACUGUGAGCGGGUCCGGGAUCUGUUGAACCCAAAGUCUCAGGGGACUCUGCGUGUCCGGGAGCACCCCAUCCUCGGUCCCUAUGUGGAAGAUCUGUCCAAACUGGCGGUGACCGGAUUCUCCGACAUCCGGGACCUAAUGGACGCCGGCAACAAAGCCCGGACGGUUGCAGCCACAAACAUGAAUGAGACGUCGUCCAGGUCACACGCCGUCUUCACCAUCGUCUUCACCCAAAAACGACGAGACCAGAUGACCAGCCUGGACACUGAGAAGGUUAGCAAGAUCAGUCUGGUGGACCUGGCUGGAAGCGAGCGAGCGGACUCCUCUGGGGCAAAAGGCACUCGGCUUAAGGAAGGAGCGAACAUUAAUAAAUCCCUGACCACGUUGGGAAAAGUGAUAUCGGCUUUGGCUGAAAUGCAGAGCAAUAAGAAGAGGAAAAGUGAUUUCAUUCCCUACAGAGACUCUGUUCUCACCUGGCUACUGAAGGAGAACCUGGGAGGAAACUCUCGGACGGCCAUGAUUGCUGCUCUAAGUCCUGCUGACAUCAACUAUGAAGAAACACUGAGCACUCUGAGAUAUGCUGACCGAGCCAAACAGAUCCGCUGUAACGCUGUGAUCAAUGAAGAUCCCAACGCCAAACUGAUCAGAGAGCUGAAGGACGAAGUGGAACGAUUGAGAAACCUGCUGUUCUCCCAGGGCCUGCAGGAGCUGCUGGACAACGCUGUCAACAACAACAACAAUGGCGUCCCAGCCGCUGCGGGUGUGUCUGCCUCCCCGCUGCAGCUGGCGCUCACGGCCAAUGGGAUCGCACCUGAGAACGGCUCCGCCCCUCCAGGACCCGAGCCCGAGUCUGCAGCAGACGCUCCUGCAGACUCGGACCAGCUGAUGGAGAAUGGCGAGGAUGGCGAGGAGGCGACAGAGCCGAUCAGUAAAGAGGAGGCGGCUGAGAGGCUGAUGGAGACGGAGAAGAUCAUCGCAGAGCUGAACGAGACGUGGGAGGAGAAACUGAGGAAAACAGAAUCCAUUCGACUAGAGAGAGAGUCCCUGCUGGCAGAGAUGGGCGUGUCCAUUAAAGAAGAUGGAGGAACGCUGGGUGUCUUCUCUCCAAAAGGAACGCCUCACCUGGUCAACCUGAACGAGGACCCGCUGAUGUCCGAGUGUCUGCUCUACUACAUCAAGGAGGGAUUCACCAGAGUCGGGCAGCAGGACGUCGACAUCAAACUGUCUGGUCACUUCAUCAAAGAGAUCCACUGUGUGUUUGUUAGUGAGACCAACGAGCAGGGGGAGGUGGUCGUCACGUUGGAGCCGUUGGUCGGAGCCGAGACGUACGUUAACGGGAAGCAGAUCUCCGACGCCGUCGUCCUCAAACAAGGUCACCGCAUCGUGAUGGGGAAGAACCACGUGUUCCGCUUUAACCACCCGGAGCAGGCGAGGCUGGAGCGAGAGCGCAGCGUCACGGCCGAGCAGCAGGAGGAGCCCGAGGACUGGAACUACGCUCAGAGGGAGCUGCUGGAGAAACAAGGCAUCGACAUCAAGCUGGAGAUGGAGAAGAGACUGCAGGACAUGGAGAUUCAGUAUCGUAGAGAGAAGGAGGAGGCCGAUCUGCUGCUGGAGCAACACAGACUGUAUGCAGACAGUGACAGUGGGGACGACUCCGACAAACGUUCAUGUGAGGAGAGCUGGAGGCUGAUCUCCUCACUGAGAGAAAAACUACCUGCUAACAAGGUUCAGUCCAUAGUGAAGCGUUGUGGUCUUCCCAGCAGCGGGAAGAGGAGGGAGCCUCUCCGGGUUUAUCAGAUCCCUCAGAGGAGACGGAUCAGCAAAGACCCCAAACGAGUGACCAUGGAGGACCUCCGCAUGCAGGCGGUGAAGGAGAUCUGCUACGAGGUCGCUCUCGGAGACUUCCGUCACUCCCGUCAGGAAAUCGAAGCGCUGUCCAUCGUUAAGAUGAAGGAACUGUGCCGCAUGUACUCCAAGAAAGACUCCAACGAGAAGGACAGCUGGAGGGCCGUGGCCCAGGACGUCUGCGACACGGUGGGCAUCGGAGAGGAGAGGAGCCCCCCCGCCGAGGAGGGAGGAGGAGGGGGAGAAGGUGGAGGGGGAGGGGGGGGGGAGAAAGUGGAGGGAGCACCGAAAAAAAACGUGUACGACCUGAAGGCUCACAUUGAUAAACUGACGGACAUCUUGGAGGAGGUGAAGCUGCAGAACAACAUGAAGGACGAGGAGAUCAAAGCCCUGAGGGACAGAAUGAUCAAGAUGGAGAGCAUCAUACCUGUGCAGGACGAUGAUCUAAACGGGGAGGAGGAGGAGGAGGAAGAGGAGGAGGAGGGAUCACCUCAAAGGGAAGGGGGCGGAUCCAGGGAUGGCCUCCCGCAGCCCGAAGUCAGAGUGAAGCGUCUGAUGGACGAGGACCCGGCGUUCAGGAGAGGGCGCCUCCGCUGGCUGAAACAGGAACAGCAGCGGCUCCUGAACCUGCAGCAGCAAAACAUCACCAAGAAACUGCGAGGACUGAGCCAGACUCCAGGUCCGACUGCCCCCGUCGUCCCUGUUCAUCUCCCUGGGACCGGACGCUUCAUCCCCCCCCAGGAGUGCAAGCUCAAGUUCCCAUUUAAGAGUAACCCUGCCCACCGGUUGUCAUGGGGACCAGCCAGCGCCGCCCUGCAGGCCCUUGGUCUAGGGGAGGGAGGAGUAGGAGAAGGGGGGGAGCAGAGGGAGGAGGGAGGAGGAUUCGAGGGGAAAGCUUCUCCCUCACCUCCUCCUCCUCAGGGUCACUCACCUGCUCUCUUACCCCUCCCCUUCCAAGUUCCGCCCCCUCGCAUGCGCACCCCGAGCCCUCAUCGAGCCUGGCAGCAGCGUAACCAAGGCAACCAGGGCAACCAGGGCAGCCAGGGCAACUUCUACCACCACCAGGGCAACAACCAAAACCACCAGCGACGCUAUCGCCGCAACUCUCUUGACAGCUCCCCCCAUGCUAACAGUAACUAUAACAACGAGCAGCAUCAUGGAGGAGGAGGUCACCAAGGGCGACCGAGACAGAGGAGGGGGGUGUCGCCCGGGCCUGGAGGGGAACGAGCAGGGGGGAGAGGGGGGGGAGGAGGAGGCGGAGGAGGAGGCGGAGGAGGGAGGGACAGAGACAGAGACAGAGACGGAGGCUAUCAUUAUAACCCUCAUCAGCACCAUCAGUACCACCACCAUCCUUACUACAAUCCCCACAAUGCACCAUUCCAGCCAGGACCCCACCCCAAUUACCACAGCCUGCCGCGCUCUGGGAUCCCGCCCCCUCCUCCUGACAUGCUAAUAGGGGUGGGGCCACCACAGGGGGGGUGGGGCUUCACUACUCCGCCCAGGAUGAGACGACAGUUCAGCGCUCCGGACCUCAAAAAUAACAACAAGGAGACGCCCAUCUGACCUCUGACCCCUACACCAUCGAGCUCUCUGAUUGGCUACAGGACAGAAGACAGUCCUGAUGCUGUACAGAACAGGCUGUGUGUGUGUGUGUGUGUGUGUGUGUGUGUGUGUGUGUGUGUGUGUGUGUGUGUGUGUGUGUGUGUGUGUGUGUGUGUGUGUGUGUGUGUGUGUGUGUGUGUGUGUGUGUGUGUGUGUGUGUGUGUGUGUGUGUGUGUGUGUGUGUGUGCGUGCGUGUAUGUGUCAGCACUUUUACAUUACUGAGUCAGCACGUCACACACAUCCUGCAUCUCCAAUCCUACUGUUUAUGAGUGUGUGUGUGUGUUUUAAGCUUGCUCCUAGCCUUUACAUUAGCAUGGGUUAGCUGUUGCCAUAGCAACACUGUUUUGACAAGUGGAUUUUUUUAUUUUUCCGUUUGUCUCGCUGUCAAACAGGAUGGAAGUUUAUUAGAAGAUUAUUUUUUUGUUUUUUUAUUGAUCGCUGAUAUCUUGCUUCUGAUUGGUCGUUUAUAACGAGGUGCCUUGAAGCUUAGGUGUUAGCUCCCGGGGCUAGCUACUGUUAGCAGGAGUCUCCUGUUGAAGCUGUUUUUACUCAAAGAUGAAGAACGUCGGUUUGUUUUUCUCUCUAAGAGUGUUUGUUCUUAAACGAGUGUUAGCCGCCGUUAGCCCAGGAGGCUAACUAGCCUGGUUCAGCCAGAGCGGUCCGUGUUAGUUAGCUUGCGCUGCUCUGGGCGCCAUGGGUGGGAAAUUAGCAUCAAGCUAAUAUUUUAUGUGGACAAUGCUACAGAAGGUCAAGUUUUGCACAGGUGAAAGUGUUAGCCUAGCCUAGCCUAGCCUACCAGCGCAACAUUCAUGUUUUAUGGGAUUUACAGUUUGUGCGACUUCAGAAGAAGCUCAGAACGAGUUAUUUUAAUUAUUUUGAAAAUCUUAACGUCAUUAAAGGACAAACAUUUACCUUUAAAACACAUAAAAAAGAAAUAGAAAAUAAAAUGGUUUUGUUCCCUGAGUUAGAAACACUUACUGAAGGUUGGAGCUCGUAUUUCCUGUUUCUCCUGUGCGACUUGAAUGCUGCGUUGCUGAGCGCUAUAAACCAAAGAAAGCUGCUCUGUGGCGCCUCCUACAGGAGAGCGAGGAGCUGACGGACACGCUGCUGUACAGAAGGAAGGACGGACGGAGGAUAAAAUCUGUCGACUUGCAUGUUGAAUCUAUUUUUAAAGAGCUGUGUGUAUAUUUGAAGUGUUUUUGACGUUUUUAUCUAUUUUAAAAACAGGCUGCGACACCUUCACUGUCUCUGGCAAUCGUGGGAAAUGUGGGAAGUGAUGCCUCAUGGGAGAUGUAGGAAACUUAUCUGAUAAGAUGGUGGCGGUGUGAGAUGUAGGAAACUGGAUGGAUUAUGGGUCUACGUAGGGCCGUGUUAGCAAGGAAUUAUGGGAAAUGUGAGAAGAGACAGAGUGGAGGUAAAAUAAGAUGGAAGUAAAACGAGACACUACGAUAUGUUGCGUGAGAAUUUAAAGGAUCUGAAAUACUGAAAACUUUUGUCCACAUCAGACGAGACGGGAGGGAAUUAAGUGCUGCCUUCACUGACGUCAGGAUGCUGGGAAUUUGUGGCUUUAUCUUAUUUGUUGUUACUUCAUAGACAGAUGUUUGGUUUCUUUCUGGCUCUGGACUGCAAACAAACACUGACGUUUCCAUGGUUACCUGAAAACCGGCGUCCUACCAUCAAUGUGUUGCUCAAUAAAUGACUGAACGUUUGAUUAAUUUCGCUUCUCGUUGCUGGUUAAUAUUCAAAUCAAGAUGUGCGCACAUUUAAUGAUGUAGGGAGAUUAUUUUAUCAUGUUGUGUUCACUGACCCUCUCUGCCACAAAUACCCAGCUUUCCACGCCACCCUGAACACAGCCUCGGUGCAUUUCUCCGCCCUGAGUGAGGACGCGUUCACUGUCAGGAGGAGCUGAGAGAUUAAGCCCCGCCCACACGAUGUUGGGCAUUGUGGGAGAUGACGAGUAGAGCGUCGUUGUGCUCUCUGACUGUAGAACCAACCAAUGGGAGCGCUCCCUCUGGCCGCACAAGUCGGAAAAGGAGUCGCCAUGGUGACGAUAAUGUUGACGAUGAUGACAAAAAACACAAGAAAUGAUUGUGAUUGGCCGGAGACGCAUGACAUCAGCAGGAUCAUGUUUCUGCCUCAUUUGCUCUGCUGUCUCUGAUCUGACCAAUCACAGGACAAUCUUGAAAACCUGCUGCCACCGCCGGGCAUGAUGGGAAACGAUGUUUCCUUUUAGUUUUUUGUUUUUUUUAAUUUUCUGAUGUUUUGAUUUUUUUAUUUCAAACUUCGGGUUCUUUUCUUUGUGUACUCAUUUGCUUCCUGCUUUCCCGAGUAUUUUAACCCCGCCUACAUGUUUGCUUUGUGAUGUCAUCACACCAUCAUCACUUUCAUUAAUAUCAUAAUUAUUAUAAAGUUAUACGUUAAUGUUGGGGUCUUUUGGAUGCUGCUAAAGGGAGCUUCUCGCCCUCAUGCAACUGCCUGAUUGUUAAUGUGUGUGUGUGUGUGUGUGUGUGUGUGUGUGUGUUAAAUGUCUGUGUGUGUGUUAAAUGUGUGUGUGUGUGUGUUCAGGGUUAAUUUAGAAUCAUUAUCUUAAGUUUGUUUAACUUUAUAAAACUGAUUUGACUUUUUUUUUUCAUCUAAUUGUUAAGUUUUGGUCCUUUUUUUUGGGAGUUUUGAGGAGGGGGAGGGGCCUGGGAGAGGGAUUUGGGGAUGCUGUUGCCAUGACAACCCGACUCUGCGGAAUUCCUGAACAUUUAAUGUCCACCCUCCCUUCCCUCGGCGACUGUCCCCGCCCAUUCCUUACGCCUCUGCUCCAAUCACGACCUCAGAAUCUGUGACGUCGGCACAUGACGUCACUUCAGGACUCAGACAUGACGCGGACAUGAUGACAUCAUGGUCUAGCCCUCCUCCUAUUGGCUCAGAGCCCCUCACUUGUGUGGCUGUGUCUGUGUUGUUGUUGUUGUUGUUGUUGUUGUUGUAUCAGGAACCAAUCUCAGGCUCUACCUGCAGACAACACGAGGCAAUAAAGUGUCAACAAGACUGAAAACCUGAA